UUUGGAUUAGUUCAAUUCCCAUGAUGUACACUAUUUGAUCGCAUGGCACUUUUGUAUAUGCUCCGGUUCAUGAUUGUAUGCCUCAACGAGUCGGACCAAGCGAAAUCCCGGACAAUAAGGAUUGAUCUGAAUGAUUAUGUUUACAUUGUUGCAGGAGAAAUUGGCUCGUAGUUACUAUAUUAUAUGCCUUUUAUGUUUGUUCGUAUGUAUGGGCGAUGUUGAUGCGGGAGGGAAAGUGGGACGCCGCAUUCAUUCUUUCCAUUCUUGCCUUCCGCGCCUGCCAAAAACCCACUUUUCACUUCUGCAACUUUCGUCGCUCGGAGGAACUGAAGCAGUACCGGGGAUUUCUCGAAUUCUGCAGUACUUGUAUCAUUAUUUACGAGUAGUAUAUACCCCAUUACUCUUCUUCGCGAUCAUGGCAAGUGCGCCAGCAGGGCCCCUGAGCAUAUGCAUAAUUCCUGUCCAAGCUAUUUCCGCAAAGGAUGUAUAUGCAUACUACUAGUGUAGCACACUCCCAUGCAUUCUGCAUGAUGAUAUAUGGCUAUGAAGCAUACAACUCACCCCUCCCCCGCCAUCACACUGCCCGCAUGCCC